ACCAGAACCAGAACCAGCAGAACCCAGAGCACCAAGUCAGCACACAGUUACAGAACCUCCAGCUAGACGACACACAGAAUGUGAAGAAAUGAAACCGUACAGAACCCGGAGAACCACACAGAACACCUACAGAAAUCCAGGAGAACCAACAGAAAGCACCACAAAUAUUAUUAUUAUUAUUAAUAAAACCAGCAACUGGACGCCAGCAGCCGAGCCCAAAGAACUGAUGCACUUACAGAUGGAGAGUUUGGGGAACCAGCAGUCUCAGAAGUGUCGGGAUCAGACAGGAACCCCAAAAGAACUGGAUAUUUACAUGCAUACAGCUGAAGAAGAACCCAGAGCACCACGUUCAUCCUGGACUGAAAGUCUCACUAACCUUUCUCAACUGAAGCUUGAACCAAGUGAACCAACACACAUGAAUCACAUUAAAUCCAAUAAAAAAGUGAAUCGUCUUCGACGCUGCUGACGUGUUUAAAGAAAUUAAUUAAUGUUGUUAGAGUGUGAUUGUUUAAUAAAGUAGUACGGGGCGACAACAAAAGGAAUGUUGUAACUAAUUACUUCUUUGGGGGGGUUGCAGUAAUAUUAUUACUGAAAUGUAUUAGCAAUUAGUUACACUACUAGUUACCGGAUAAAGUAAUACACUGUAAAACCUGAUGAGUUAGUUCAACAGAAACUGUUUGAGGAAACCGAUAUUUGAUUUAAGUAGAAGUCACUCAAGUAUUUAUUGUUAAGGUAAUUUGGGUAAAUUAAUUUCAUUCAGUUAAUUAAAGUUACUCACAUGCAGCAUUUCUUCAGACUUAUUAAAAAUAUGUGAACAGAAUUUAUCUGAAUAAAGUCA